GGCGGUCCGGGCAUGGUUGCUCGAGUCCGUGAGAUUUGGGACGAACUUUUAGCUGGUGUAAACGCAUGCGGAAACGGACCGAGGACACUACAACAAAUCAAGGAAAAGUGGAGGAACAUGACCAAAAACGCUAAAGCCGACGUUUCAAAGGAGCGAAACCAUGCUGCCGCUACGGGGGGAGGUCCGCCAUUGACUGAAAUGUCGCAGACCUCGCAGGCGGUGGCGAGUCUGUUUGCCCACUCGGCAUCGUUUCAUGGCGUCGUGGACGACGCAGAUACCGUCAUCGCGGUUACUCCUCCAUCGCCGGGGUUCCUGGGCCUGCCCAUAAUGGAGUUAUUAACCGCCAUGGACAUCCCGGAUCCCUUCGGUGUGGCGGAAACCUUUCAAGACAAUACGCCGAGAUGCCCGAGAAGCAAGGAAAACUCAAGCGCAACAUCUGUUCCAUCAGCCUCAACCUCAACCCCACUGCCCAGUGACAGUAGCAGAAAGAGGACUCUCAAAGAUGCCCAGUUAGAGGCCCUGGAAAGCCAGGCAGAGAUGAGUCGGGAGGGGGCAGCAUGUUACCGAAAAGUUGCACGACUUGCAGAGCUAUUGAUAGAACGCCUUGAAAAACAAUGAAAACAUUUAUUAUUUUUGUUAAUGUUAUUUUACUGUUAAAUCUUUUUGUUUGAUAGUUUGAUUUGUUAAUAACAACAACAGUUAAUACAAUUAUAAUUUAUUUUACUGCAUAUGUUCAUGCAUUUUCACCAUUUUAAUUGCAAUAAAUAUUUCAUUUUCCUA